CUCUUUCAAGAUGGCAGACUUUAUUCAACUUUUUACCGGCAUCGGUUUAAGUGAACAGAAAGCUAAAGAAACUGCAAAAAAUGAAACACUGGCACAGAAUCUGAAGAACACUAUUGAUGAGGCCAAAAGCCAUUGUGGGGGUGAAGUGGACAAAUCAGUUGGUACACUACUGUAUAACAUCUCAACAAGACUCAAGAAUCAAAUCAAACAGCAUAAGUCACUUCUUGUAAAGUAUGUGGCAAACAAGAAGAUCAACUCUGAGGUUCAACUUAAUGCUGCUAUGGAAUACCUGUUGGAGAAUCCCAAUGAAGCUGUGAACACUACAGCCUUUGAAGCUAGCUCUGGUGUGGGGGUCGUUAUCACACCUGAGCAGGUAGAAACUGUGGUGGAAGGAGUAAUCAAGAAAAACAAGGAACAACUUCUAGAGAAAAGAUACCACUUCAACAUGGGUGUUUUGAUGGGAGAAACAAGAAAAUCACUGAAAUGGGCUGAUGCUAAGAUUGUGAAGAGUGAAAUAGAUAUGCAGGUUCUCGACCUAUUGGGUCCCAAGACUGCAGCAGACAUGACAAAACCAGCUAAACAGAAAGCCCCCAAGGAAACUAAACCAAAAGAGGUCAAACCCAAACAUGAAGAGACUGUUGAAAUGAAUGGAAUGGUUGGAGAAGAUGGAGAGAUGAAAAGUUUUUCUGACUUGGCUGGUGCUGCCCUCAACUUCCAUAAAGUUGGUGAAAAUUAUAAAACAGACGGUUAUGUAAUUACUCCCAAGACUAUGGAGCUGUUAAAGAAACAUGUGGAAGAUGUAAAAGGAAGGGUCUACACAAGAUUCCCUCCUGAGCCCAAUGGUAUUUUGCACAUUGGUCACGCAAAGGCAAUCAACUUUAACUUUGGAUAUGCAAGGGCACAGGGCGGAGAAUGUUACCUUAGGUACGAUGACACAAAUCCAGAAAAAGAAGAGGAAAAGUUCUUCGUUGGAAUUAGAGAUAUGGUAGAAUGGCUAGGAUAUACCCCUUACAAGAUCACCCAUUCCUCUGACUACUUCCAAGAGUUGUAUGAUCUUGCCGUGGAGCUGAUUAAGAGGGGCCAUGCCUAUGUGUGUCACCAGAAGGGGGAGGAGAUUAAGGGUUACAAUGCCCCACCUUCACCCUGGAGGGAGAGGCCCACAGAGGAAUCUUUGCUACUCUUUGAGGAUAUGAAGAAUGGAAAGAUCAAUGAAGGAGAUGCCACAUUACGUAUGAAGACCACACUAGAAGAUGGUAAGAUGGACCCUGUUGCUUAUAGGAUCAAAUUCACAGCUCAUCACAGGACAGGAGACCAAUGGUGUAUCUACCCUACAUAUGACUACACUCACUGUCUCUGCGAUUCUAUUGAGAAUAUCACACAUUCUUUGUGUACUAAAGAAUUCCAAGCAAGACGGUCAUCCUACUAUUGGCUGUGCAAUGUCCUUGACCUCUACUGCCCCGUACAGUGGGAAUAUGGCCGCCUUAACCUCAACUAUACAGUGGUGUCAAAACGAAAAAUUGGCAAAUUAAUACAAAAUGGAAUAGUAAGGGAUUGGGAUGACCCUCGCUUGUUCACUCUGACCGCUCUGAGAAGACGAGGUUUUCCAGCGGAGGCCAUCAACAUGUUCUGUGCCAAGGUUGGUGUUACUAUGGCCCAGGUUGUCAUAGAUCCUGUCAUGUUGGAGGCUUGUGUGAGAGAUGUGCUGAAUGUUACUGCCCCAAGAGUUAUGGCUGUUUUAGAACCUCUCCGUGUUCUCCUAAAUAACUUCCCAGAGGGUGAAAUACAACUUGAUGUUCCUAACUUUCCUGCUGAUGAGUCUAAGGGGUCUCACAAAGUCCCCUUCUCAACACUGCUAUUUAUUGAACAGUCAGACUUUAGAGAGACUGCAGAUAAAAGUUACAAGCGACUUACUUUGGACCAGCCAGUCGGUUUACGUCACAGUGGCUAUGUCUUAAAAGUCAUUAAGGUCAACAAAAACGCAGCUGGAAAAAUAUUAGAUCUCGAAGUGUCUUUGAAGAAGGUUUCAGAGACAGAAAAACCAAAAGCAUUCAUUCACUGGGUAUCCAAUCCUAUACAGUGCGAAGUUAGGCUUUAUGAACGAUUAUUUAAACAUAAAAACCCAGAGGAUCCCAAGGAAGUUCCUGGUGGCUUUGUAACAGACUGCAAUACUAAUUCCCUUACUGUGUUGAAAGAUGCCUUAAUUGACCCGUCAGCACGAGGUGCAAAAGUUUACGAUAAGUUCCAAUUUGAGAGAAACGGUUUCUUCAGCGUAGACCCUGAUACAACUGAUAAAAAGUUGGUGUUCAACAGGACUGUAACUUUAAAAGAAGACAAGUCAAAAGAUUCAUGAUGACACUAUUGCUGAGGUUUGUGUUUAUUCGAUCUCCAACAUUCACCAUGAAGAUACUGUUGCAAACAUAUCUUCUGCAUAAUCAGGACACAAAUAUGGACAAUAUGAUUACACAGGAAAACAACACAACACUCAAAUUAAUACAUAUAAUGUAUAAUCUUAGGGGUGAUGGAAUUUAAGUGAAUACAUAUUUCUUUUACUAUGAUACAAGAAUUAAGAAUAUCUAAAAUAAAAUAAUGAAAAAGCCAUUGAUUUUUGGCUCAAAACAUAAACCAUACAUUUGACCUUUUCUUUCAAUCCAAUUCAUUUUAUUAAACUGACAUUAUCCUAAAUGGAUGAGAAAACUAUUGGUUUAACUAGAAUAUGGAUCAGUUGAAUUUGCUAACAUAUUGAGAUGUCCGGAUAUGGUUGAUUCUUUCUAGGGAUAAUGUCAAAAUCUUAAUUAAAUCUGCCUGUUAGCCGAUGUCAAGGAUCAAACGAUGCCUCGUAAGCUAUUGGAAUAGUAAAUGUGCGUCCUGAGUUGUUAUUAACUGGAAUUUACUUUGAAGUCACAACUUUUUCCGAUAAGUACAGCUUAGACAGACUCCUAAUUUUUCUCAGUAUAAGCUCAUAAAUACAUGCAUAACACUGUCAAAUAGAGCCAUUUUGGGAGCAUUAUGUACUGAAAUAUGUUAUUGCCAAAUCAGCUUUCCUGUAUUGCCACAAGUCGCUUUGGUCAUUGAUUUUUUGAUUUUUCUCACGAAUUUUCGUGUCAUCUGAGUGACUUCAUUUCUAUUCACUGUCACCUUAUUUUGCUUGUUAUUCAAUAGCUUGUUAAAUUUGUUAAUUUGCAUGUUAUUUAUAAUUAUGCCCAAGUAAUUAAAGAUAA